AUGUUCUAUUGUCACAUACAGCAGAUAGGUGCAGUGAAAUUUGUUGUUUUACAUGGUCAGCCAUAGUAGUAUGGUGCCCUAUAGCAAAUUAGGUGUUAAGUGCCUUGCUCAAGGACACAUUGACAGAUUUUUCACCUUGUCGGCUCGGGUAUUCAAACCACUGACCUUUCGGUUACUGGUCCAACGCUCUAACCGCUAGGCUACCAGCUGCCCCAUGUCAAAUCACUGACUCACUUCCUGGUGGGUUUCCACAGGUAUCUGAUGAACUUCCUGCUCGAUGCCACGCUAGGCAUGCUGGUCAUCUGGGCGGGGGUCAAGGUUGUCUCCAGGAUCGUGGAGUACAAGCAGUUCACACUGCUCACCUUUGGAGAAUACGGUGAGUCUCCUAGACAUCUGUUUAGUUAAGGUCGUGUCAAAUGUUUGGAUGUUGGCCAAAGCAUAGACCACUACUGUUCUGUGACUGUGUCAUUGGAGAGGGUUGUGCCAAGUAAUUGUCAGAAUAUUUCAGGAAGGUUGACACUUCUUCCUUUCACCAAUGGAGGCCGCUGUAGGCUCAUGGGAAUAUUACAUGAAAAACAAUAUUGCAUGUAUCUGUGCAUGGUUCUGUUUCAUGAUGGUUUUUCCAUUGAUUAUUAUGAUCCACCGGAUUGUAAAUGCAGCUGUGCCAUGACCACUGGCCAAAUGUUUUAGUGGGCUUUAGUUUCCAUCCGAUCUGUAUCACUCUCUUUGUGUGGUGACCUUUCCCCCAAAAGCCUGCUACAAAUACUGUCCCUCUGUCAUAACUAUUGGUCCAGAAAACUAAACAAAAAGUACAACAUUUAGCUGUUUGUAUAGAGUUAGUUGUAAACCCAUUCUGUCCCUCUUAAAGAGCUGAACAACAACAACAUGCAAUCAUGGCAGGCUUUCUUUUGCCUUCUUCAGCACUGUUUCUCUCCUAUACCUUUCUCUCCACUGUCUCACUUAUCUCUCUCUCUCUCUCUCUCUCUCUCUCUCUCUCUCUCUCUCUCUCUCUCUCUCUCUCUCUCUCUCUCUCUCUCUCUCUCUCUCUCUCUCUCUCUCUCUCUCUCUCUCUCUCUCUCUCUCUCUCUCUCUCUCUCGUCUGUCUCUGCUGUGUUCCCAGGUGUAGAGUGUUUGUUAAUGACAGAGAAAUGUCGCUGUCUGUGUACACUGAAAUGACAGAGAGAUGCAAAUAGUACACUUGGGACAUGUUUAGACCAGCACACUGAGUUUGUGGGUGCUUGUGUGUGUGUGUGAAUGCCUCUAUGCGGUCAAUGUGUAGUUGUGGCAGUCUAGUGUCCUCCUCUCUAUUGCUGAUCUGAGUCGGUUGGUCUGUGUAUGUGGUUGCAGUGUGGUCACUGUACGGUCAUUAAAUGGUCAUUAAGUAAUGGUGUGUUCUGUCUCACCAGGUGACCCUCCCCAGGCUGCAGCAUGGCUCGGUCAGUGUGGGGUCUACCUUCUCAUCAUGGUCCUGGAGAAGAGUGUGGUUAGCUUGGUGCUGCUCAUCCCUGGAUGGACCAACGUGAGUAGCUCUACAGUACCCACAACCACCUGCUCCAGAGACAUGGGCUAACCAUGAGAGAAUUGAGAGAAUCUACCCACUCAAGGGAGAGAGCGGAAGUGUCAAUCAUGUUCUUUCUUCUCUGUUCUGUGUUUGAAAUCUCUGGUGGCAAUUUAAAGUCAACAAAAAGUCAAGCCUGAAAGACAAAGGGAGGAUAAAAGCUUAUGGAGGGAACAAAGAGAAAGAGUUGUCCUUUGAACAGAAUGGGAACAUUGACCUUCAGCCAACUGAAUAUCAUCCGUCCUCUGGGACUAUGGUCUUCAAACUAUUUGUUUGGUUGGUUAUUUGUUUGAGGCUGUGGACAUCCUGCUCAAACCUUCUUUGUGUUUUAGGGCCAUUGUUGUUCUGUUCACUGCUCCUCUCUUGAUGAGUGGUGUUUUCUUUUUUUUCACUACACAUAUUUAUUUGGGACGCUGGGGCUUUAUCUCAGGGGGGGGAGUGGGUGGCAGCCCAAACUGUCAUUAACAUAGCCCAUCCCAGUAAAAUUGAAUACUUAGAGCUUUUAUUUCUCCCUCUCUCUCUCUCUCUCUCUCUCUCUCUCUCUCUCUCUCUCUCUCUAACAUGGUGAAUACCACGUAAUCAUCACGUUAGCUCCAAUCUCACGCAUAUUACACAGUAGAGAGCCAAAGAGAUGCUCAUUCUAUUAUUGUGGAAAAUAUUGACGAUCGAAAUGUCAUUGAAUGACAGUCGCUUGUGUAACGCGUCUGUUAUUUUGCCCUGCCCAAAUUAAACGUGUGUGUGUAUGUGUGCGUUAUGACCCUGUCUUUCUCUGUGCGCUGCUGUUCCAGCUGCAGUCUGUGUUGCUGGACUACAUCCCUAACCCUCAGGUGGAGCUUGUGUUGGUCAUGCUUAUCGUGCCCUUCAUUGUCAAUGUGAGUCUCACCUUCGGUCUCAACCAGCUUGCACUAACACUCUGCAUAAUCUUGUGUAUACAGUGCAUUCAGAAAGGAUUCAGACCCCUUGACUUUUUCCACAUUGUUACGUUACAGCCUUAUUCUAAAAUGGAUUAAAUUGUUUGUUUUUUCACUCAUCAGUCUAAACACAAUACCUCAUAAUGACAAAGCAAAAACAGGUUUUUAGACAUUUUUGUUAAUAACAAAUAAAAAAAAGGAAAUAUCACAUCCUAUAUACACUACCAGUCAAAAGUUUGGACACACCUACUCAUUCAAGAUUUUUUCUUUAUUUUUACUAUUUUCUACAUUGUAGAAUAAUAGUGAAGACAUCAAAACCAUGAAAUAACACAUAUGGAAUCAUGUAGUAACCAAAGAAGUGUUAAACAAAUCAAAAUAUAUUUGAGAUUUGAGAUUCUUCAAAUAGCCACCCUUUGCCUUGAUGACAGCUUUGCACACUCUUGGCAUUCUCUCAACCAGCUUUAAGAGGUAGUCACCUAAAAUGCAUUUCAAUUAACAGGUGUGCCUUCUUAAAAGUUAAUUUGUGGAAUUUCUUUCCUUCUUAAUGCGUUUGAGCCAAUCAGUUGUGUUGUGGCAAGGUAGGGGGGGUAUACAGAAGAUAGCCCUAUUUGGUAAAAGACCGAGUCCAUAUUAUGGCAAGAACAGCUCAAAUAAGCAAAGAGAAACGACAGUCCAUCAUUACUUUAAGACAUGAAGGUCAGUCAAUAUUGAACAUUUCAAGCACUUUCAAAGUUUCUUCAAGUGCAGUCGCAAAAACCAUCAAGCGCUAUGAUGAAACUGGCUCUCAUGAGGACUGCCACAGGAAUGGAAGACCCAGAGUUACCUCUGCUGCAGAGGAUAAGUUCAUUAGAGUUACCAGCCUCAGAAAUUGCAGCCCAAAUAAAUACUUCACAGUGUUCAAGUAACAGACACAUCUCAACAUCAACUGUUCAGAGGAGACUGUGUGAAUCAGGCCUUCAUGGCCAAAUUGCUGCAAAGAAACCACUACUAAAGGACACCAAUAAGAAGAAGAGACUUGCUUGGGCCAAGAAACACAAGCAAUGGACAUUAGACCGGUGGACGUGUCCUUUGGUCUGGAGUCCAAAUGGGAGAUUUUUGGUUCCAACCACCGUGUCUUUGUGAGACGCGGUGUGGGUGAACGGAUGAUCUCUGCAUGUGUAUUUCCCACCGUAAAGCAUGGAGGAGGAGGUGUUAUGGUGUGGGGGUGCUUUGCUGGUGACACUGUCUGUGAUUUAUUUAGAAUUCAAGGCACACUUAACCAGCAUUGCUACCACAGCAUUCUGCAGCGAUACGCCAUCCCAUCUGAUUUGGGCUUAGUGGAACUAUCAUUUGUUUUUCAACAGGACAAUGACCCAACACACCUCCAGGCUGUGUAAGGGCUAUUUUACCAAGAAGGAGAGUGAUGCAGUGCUGCAUCAACCCAAUUGAGAUGGUUUGGGAUGAGUCGGACUGCAGAGUGAAGGAAAAGCAGCCAAUGUGCUCAGCAUAUGUGGGAACUCUUUCAAGACUGUUGGAAAAGCAUUCCAGGUGAAGCUGGUUGAGAGAAUGCCAAGAGUGUGCAAAGCUGUCAUCAAGGCAAAGGGUGGCUAUUUGAAGAAUCUCAAAUAUAAAAUAUAUUUAGAUUUGUUUAACAAUUUUUUGGUUACUACAUGAUUCCAUAUGUGUUAUUUCAUAGUUUUGAUGUCUUCACUAUUAUCCUACAAUGUACAAAAUAGUCAAAAUAAAGAAAAACCCUUGAAUGAGUAGGUGUGCCCAAACUUUUUUGACUGGUACUGUAAGUAUUCAGACCCUUUACUCAGUACUUUGUUGAAGCACCAUUGGCAGCGAUUACAGCCUUGAGUAUUAUUAGGUAUGACGCUACAAGCUUGGCACACCUGUAUUUGGGGAGUUUCUCCCAUUCAUCUCUGCAAAUCCUCUCAAGCUCUGUCAGGUUGGAUGGGGAGCGUCGCAGCACAGCUAUUUUCAGGUCUCUCGAGAUGUUCGAUUUGGUUCAAGUCCGGGCUGGCUGGGCCACUCGAGGACAUUUAGAGACUUGUCCCGAAGCCACUCCUGUGUUGUCUUGGCUGAGUGCUUAGGGUCGUUGUCCUGUUGGAAGGUGAACCUUCGCCCCCAGUCUGAGGUCCUGAGCGCUCUGGAGCAGGUAUUCAUCAAGGAUCUCUCUGUACUUUGCUCCGUUCAUCUUUCCCGCGAUCCUGACUAGUCUCCCAGUCCCUGCCACUGAAAAACAUCCCCACAGCAUGAUGCUGCCACCAACAUGCUUCACCGUAGGGAUGGUGCCAGGUUUCCUCCAGACGUGACGCUUGGCAUUCAGGCCAAAGAGUUCAAUCUUGGUGUCAUCAGACCUGAAAAUCUUGUUUCGCAUGGUCUGAGAGUCCUUUAGCUGCCUUUUUGGCAAACUCCAAGUGGGCUGUCAUGUGCCUUUUCCUGAGGAAUGGCUUCCGUCUGGCCAAUCUACCAUAAAGGCCUGAUUGGUGGAGUGCUGCAGAGAUGGUUGUCCUUCUGGAAGGUUCUCCCAUGUCCACAGAGGAACUCUAGAGCUCUGUCAGAGUGACCAUCGGGUUCUUGGUCACCUCCCUGACCAAGGCCCUUCUCCCCGAUUGCUCAGUUUGGCCGGGCGGCCAGCUCUAGGAAGGGUCUUGGUAGUUCCAAACUUCUUCCAUUGAAGAAUGAUGGAGGCCAUUGUGUUCUUGGGGACCUUCAAUGCUGCAGACAUUUUUUGGUACCCUUCCCCAGAUCUGUGCCUCGACACAAUCCUGUCUCGGAGCUUUACGGACAAUUCCUUCGACCUCAUGACUUGGUUUUUGCUUUGACAUGCACUGUCAACUGUGGGACCUUAUAUAGACAGGUGUGUUCCUUUCCACAGGUGGACUCCAAUUAAGUUGUAGAAACAUCUCAAGGAUGAUCAAUGGAAACAGGAUGCACCUGAGCUCAAUUUCGAGUCUCAUAGCAAAGGGUAUGAAUUCUUACGUAAAUAAGGUAUUUCUGUUUUUUAUUUUUAUCAAAGGUGCAAAAAUGUCUAAAAACCUGUUUUUGCUUUGUCAUUAUGGUGUAUUGUGUGUAGAUUGAUGAGAAAAAUAAAAACUAUUUAAUCAAUUUUAGAAUAAGGCUGUAACGUAACAAAAUGUGUAAAAAGUCAAGGGCUCUGAAUACUUUCCGAAUGCACUGUAUGUCACAGGAGGCUGCUGAGGGGAGGACGGCUCAUAAUAAUGGCUGGAAUGGAGUAAAUGGAAUGGAAUCAACCAAAUGUAACCACGUGUUUUAUGAGUCUGAUACAAUUCCAUUUCAGCCAUUACUAUGAGUCAUCCUCCCUAAUUAAGGUACCACCAACAUCCUGUGGUAUAUGUAGUAUCCCAGAUAGUGCAUAAAGCUUGUAUUUUUGGAUAGAAAACAUGCAUAAAGUUUACAGAAUGCAGUAUGUAGGCUUACUAGGCUACAGUGAUAGUACGUACAUGGCCAUUCUGCGUCCACCACUGCACCAGUUGUACUGACUGAGUUUGUUCUCUGUGUGACCCUCUGUAGUCCAUCAUGUUCUGGGUGGUGGACAGUCUGAUGAUGAGGAAGUACAAGACGCUGAAGAGCCUGGACGAGUCCUGCGACUCCUCGGCCAAGGUCGACUCCACGGCGCCGUGGGUUACCGGCGACGAGUCACGGGUGAGAGUCUAUCAGUUAACUAGGGCUGUCCCCGACUAAAAAAAAUCUUGUUAGACCGAAAGUCGUCAGUUCUUUUGACCAAUCGAUUGGUCAAAAUUUUAAAACCACCAUCCUCCUCCCGCUCCUACUGGCUUUCGCAGAUUCUGCCAUUACUCUCCUGAAGUUGCCGGUAAUAGGCUACACAAGGAGUCGGCAAACUUUCUCAUGUGGAAUGCCAAUUUAUCUUACCAUUUUUACCGAUCUGCGUGCCAGUUAUGGUUUUCAUAUGCACAUUUUCGUGGCGCAGUUUCAUUUAUAAAACGUCGUCCUAUCUCAAAAUCAUUGUCAUGUGGUUAAUCAAAUUCUAUCCAAAUCUAAAUGAAAAUGAUACAAACCUAAAAAGUAACUUCUAUUGCCAUUGCCAACUAUGUAAAAAUAGCCUAUAAAGCCAACAAAUAAAAACAUUGCUGCCUGCAGGUAGAAAAUAUCCUGAUAAAAAGAAAUCUCCUAUAAAUCACAUUGACUACGCAUGGCCUGUCUGCAACGAACUUGAAACGUAUCAACUAUUAACUUGGGUCUGGCCUGAAGCUCCUUGCAACAUUGUAUAAAAUAUUCUGGGUCCUCAGAGUUUCCCGUGCCAGUGAGCUCGAGACAGACACAGCUGUAGGCUAUUUGCGUAAGGGAUAAGAAUUAAUCAGGUUGGCCUAUUUUAUGAUGUUUCCACUGGAUCUGAGCAUUACAUUUUUCUCUUUCACGCUGAGUGGUUAUCGAAAGGGAGAGAGCUGGAAAGAUUUUUCAAAUACAUUGAGGAACUAUUGUAAUUCUCAAUGGAUGUAAAAACAGACUUUGUUUGCUGUCUGUUUGAGGUGAAGAAAACAUUACUUUGAGAAGCUCUACAGCGCAUUAGUGAUGGUGCAUUAAGCCAAUCAGAAAUACUAUCAGAUCCCCAAAUGGGCACAUUUAUAUACCUACAUUUGCACGCAGGCCAGGUAGCCUAUAGGCCUACUUCUAUGCGUAAUCAGGUGCGCGUCCUUACUCAACAUUGACAGGAGUGCUCCAAACAAAAGACAAUGACUAAAUUGACAAAACUCGUAAAUGGAAUGAACUAAACCAAAAUGUGUAGCACUCUGCAAACAAUGUGUUCACUCCAACAAUGAGAAUGGUAAAAGACUGAAAUAAUAAUAUAUUGAAUGCAUUACCGUAACUAAACAAAUAUUGUAGAUUGGAAAUUAUAGGAAUUAACGGUAAAUGUACUACUGGUGAUAUACGUAUGUAAUGGGGAAUUGAUAGAAACUAACAGUCAAACGCAAACAGUUCACACAAUGAACGAUGAAUGUGCACAAAUUGGCGGGAGAGAGCCCAUUCUGGAGAGAGACGUGCAUUGUGCAGCCACACUCCCCUUCUUCUUGGACUGUGCCAUCCCCGCGGUUUCCGCAAUGGAUUAGUUCACUGAGAUGGGCGCGAAUUAGAAAGGUGUCUCGUGUGCCAUAAAAAUAUACUUUUGUAUACCUAGUGUAUAUACAGUAUAUAUGUGGACACCCCUUCAAAUUAGUCUAUUCGUCUAUUUCAGCCAUACCCGUUGCUGACUGGUGUAUAAAAUCGAGCACACAGCCAUGCAAUCACCAUAGACAAACAUUGGCAGUAUAAUGGCCUUACUGAAGAACUCAGUGACUUUCAACGUGGCACCGUCAUAGGAUGCCACCUUUCCAACAAGUCAGUUCGUCAAAUUUCUGCCUUGCUAGAGCUGCCUCGGUCAACUGUAAGUGCUGUUAUUAAACGUCUAGGAGCAACAACGGCUCAGCCGCGAAGUGGUAAGCCACACAAACUCACAGAGCGGGACUGGCGAGUGCUGAAGCGCGUAAAAACCGUCUGUCCUCAAUUGCAACACUCACUACCGAGUUCCAAACUGCCUCUGGAAGCAACGUCAGCACAAUAACUGUUUGUCGGGAGCUUCAUGAAAUGGGUUUCCAUGGCAGAGCAGCCGCACACAAGCCCAAGAUCACCAUGCGCAAUGCCAAGCGGCUGUCGGCUGGAGUGGUGUAAAGCUCGCCGUCAUUGAACUCCAUCUGGCAGUCCGACGGACAAAUCUGGGUUUGGCGGAUGCCAGGAGAACACUACCUGCCCCAAUGCAUAGUGCCAACUGUAAAGUUUGGUGGAGGAGGAAUGAUGGUCUGGGCCUGUUUUUCAUGGUUCGGUCUAGGCCCCUUAGUUCCAGUGAAGGGAAAUCUUAACGCUACAGCAUACAAUUAUAUUCUAGACGACUUUGUGCUUCCAACUUUGUGGCAACAGUUUAGGGAAGACCCUAUCCUGUUUCAGCAUGACAAUGCCCCCAUGCACAAAGCGAGGUCCAUAUAGAAAUGGUUUGUCGAGAUCGUUGUGGAAGAACUUGACUGGCCUACACAGAGCCCUGAUCUCAACCACAUCGAACACCUUUGGGAUUAAUUGGAACGCUGACUGCUAGCCAGGCCUAAUCGCGCAACAUCACUGCCUGACCUCAAUAAUGCUCUUGAGGCUGAACGGAAGCAAGUACCCUGCAGCAAUGUUCCAACAUCUAGUGGAAAGCCUUUCCAGAAGAGUGGAGGCUGUUAUAGCAGCAAAGAGGGGACCAAAUCCAUAUUAAUUCCCAUGAUUUUGGAAUAAGAUGUUUGACUAGCAGGUGUCCACAUACCUUUGGUCAUGUAGUGCAUAUUUGCUACUGCUCAACUAAAAGAUCUGUUGGUCUAUUUGAGUGGCUGUGAAAUCAUGUACUGUAUAUUGAGGUAGUGAGACUGUCGACAGAAGCCUUCUGUGUUGGGGAAUCAGAGAGAAUUGACCUCCUACACAGUAGUCAAUGUGUUACUGUAAACCCUCCUCUCUCUCGAUCUGUCCUCUCUCUCUGUCCUCUCUCCCUCUUUCUCACACUCUCUCUGGAGUCACAAUGAUUAUGACAGGCUGGCAGUGUUGCUCUCUCUCUCCCUCUCUCCCUCCUCGUCCCUGGUACUCUGCCAAGCAGCAACAAAUCAUCCCUUCAUCCCGGGAAUAAAAGUGACAUUUGGGAUUCAUUUCCAUUCAGUGAUGUUAUGGAAAGCAGAGUGGAGGAAGGGGAGAAAGAGGGAGAGAACUAUGUCAAUGGGAGAGAGGAGGGCAUUGAUUAGGAAGAACUGUUGGCGUUUGGUUGGUCAGUAGUCGUGUGUGCAAUGAGUUUCAUUUCAGUUCCCGACAUGGUCUGUAGGAUAGUGUUGGGGAAUGAUUUCAUCCAUAUGUUUAAUUUGGUGGUCAGCUGUGGCCAUAUGGUGUUCAAAGUAUGCUGUUUACUUGUAUCAUAACAAAAUGUUUGGCUGUUUAUUUUAGAGCUGUUGUUAGUUAUGGCUUUUAUGGUGUAUCCUGUCAAACUGACUAGUUAACGCCCUAACAUCUCCAACCUGUUUCCCUAUGGGAUGAAACACACAGACAUACCAUCGAUAGUCUGUCUUCUUAGUCUGAGUGUAACUGAAUGAAGAUGAUUUAUUUGGGAUUGGCCUCAUGUUGGUGAGAGAGGAAGGCUGGGCAAGCCCCCUUUCUACCUCUGCUUCUUCCAUUACAGUAAUCUCAUCCAAUAUGUCUGCAUUGCGCACACACACUCACACACGUGCAUGCACACACUACCAUAAUCUCGUCCAAGAUGUCUCUGUGGGUUUAUUAUGCCAUAAAGGCCUUUCCAUAAACCGUAUGAAGUUCUGGAAUUCUGCUGUGUUGGGAUUAUAUGUGAUGGAGCAGUGGUCUGGAUGAUAUUCCGGAAAAUAAAGUGGGAUUUUAUAACCUUGGAGUGGGAAUCACAGGGAAUAAUAUCAGAACACCUGGCCUGGACACAUCAGCUCAUCUUGGCAGACAGCUGCUCACAUGUCUGUUUGACGGUGUUUAUAUGUUUGUGUCUGUUCCGUGACGUGUUUCUCUCUCAUAUCCAGGUCCUGUUGACGACCGAGACAGACACGGAGGAGGAGCAAGAGGAGGAUAGGUCAACAAUGGUCAGAGGACGGUCCCACUCUAGCCUCCCAGGAGUGGGCAUUAAUACCUAGCUGGGUGGAGGUGUAGCUCUGGUACCCUCCUCUACAAGACCCUGACACACAUGCAGACACGCACACAAGGAUGUGUGGAUGUACACCCCUUCCAGAUCACACAGAUUUGCGGUUGACAAUUGACAGUUGUCAUUUGACAUGGAGAGUCUGUCACUGGUUUUAAAUUUCUACACAUCCCAAUGAUGUCUUUAAUGAUGACUUGACUGUUAUGAUGAUGUUGAAUGAUAUAUGAACAGUGCUUUAUUAUGAAAAAAGUCCUCCACCCUUGCAGUCCCUGUUUACCGAAACAACAAGCUUGGGGGUGGCUAUAAAGUGUCUCUUGAUGGAGAUAAUUAGAGAGCACAGUGGGAGCAUGAGGGAACAAGACAGCGAUGAUGAAAGGAGAGAGAGAGUAAAUCUGUCUCACGGGGGGGAUUUUGUGAUCUCCAAAGAGCUCUUUAUGACAUCAACUUCCAAAGAGUAGCGGUUUUCCUUCAUCAUCAAACAGAUAACUGCUUAGUUCAAACCUCUACAUACAGCAUAUAAUGGUCUGUAAUUAAAUACUUUAAGUCUGCUUUGGACCUGUAGUAUCAGUAGAAUCCACUACUAGUGUCCUUGUCUCCUUUCAAUCCUAUUGAUUUCACCUAUCACGUCCAGUCAGAUCAGUUGUCAGAUUAUUGUAACUCAGCCGGAGGAGUUGGACCAUAAAGUUGGAGAUGUUUCAUCUCUGAGUUGGACUGUAAUAGUCUGGUCUGGAACAGUUCUUCACACUGUCUCCAGAGGAUGUUUAACAAGGUGGAAAAUGGUGUUCUAUGUAGAAAACGGACCAAAUCAUUUCAUAUUCCUCAUGGAUGUCCAUUUGUGAUUGAUUUGGAUUUAUCCAAAUAUUUGCAAUGUUUCUACUAUGAACUAAAGAGCUUUGUGAUAUGGAGAGUGAUUUUGAAUGUUCUAAUGUAUUUAUUUUCUUAUUUAUUUUGUCUAUUUUACAUAUUUUACUGUAUUCAUAUAUUAGUUGUGGUUAAACCUGUGGUAAUGACACGUAAUGGGAGAUUUCCAAGCAGUAUCACAGAAAUGAUCACGGUCAAUAGAGAUUACUUGAGAUACCAAAAUAGUUUUCAGUUUACCAUUGUAUGUUCAUUCUUAUAGAUCACAUUUCUCAAACAUUUCUCAAUCAUUGAGCUGUGAACACUAACAUGAAAAUACAGUACUGCUAUUUUUGUAUUCAUUUAAUUAUGUUCCUGGAACCAUUUAAUGUCUUAGUGAUGUGAAAGAUUCUGAUUGUGAGACUGUCAUUUCACGUGACCUCAGACGUAUAGAAUAGCUACUGUGAGGACCUGUGCCACUACACAUGUUUGCAUUUUUGCUAAUUAUUCACUGUAAAAAAAUGAACUCCCUUUUCAUGCUCUGUUUAUAAUAUAUUUUUUAAUUAGCGUUACUCCAAUCCAUCAUGUAUGUGUUUGUGGAAUUGUGACUGAAAUCUUUGGAAUGUUUAAUGGAUAUCCACUUGAAAGUGCCAUGUUGCUAUAAUAUAUUCAUGAUUCAUUUAUGAUACAAGAAAAAUAUGUCUUUGUCUUUUGUCUUAACUGUUGUCACUAUUGUUCGUAUUAUCAUAAUUGAAAUUAAAGUAAAAUUGUAUAAUAAAAUAAAAAAAGAAACACGAGUGUUGAAUUCCUUUGGUGGCUCGGGUCGGCCCGGUGGCCCCUGAACUCGAUGACAGACACCUGAGCGGGACGCGGAGGAGCACACCUGUGUGAGCGAGGCUAGCAGUCCUGUGACCCCAAACUGAUGACAGGAGGGGUGAGGGGGGCAGUCAUUGGGACAGGUAGAGGAGAGGGUUAGUUAGGGGGGUGUCUGGGGUGACCAGGUGUGAUCCUAAGCAGAGUGUCGCCAAGUGACCUGGUUUACCUGUUUGGUCUCCCAGUGAGCACCUAAACCUAGCAUGCAAAGAGCCUGCCUUCCUGCAAUGACUAAGGCCGGGAUUCAGUCCCAUCACGAGUUGUAGACAAUGAGGCUGUUAAACGCAAUUUCUGAGUAAGCAGCCUUUACCGUGAAUGCGAGCUCUGCGAACGUGAGGAUGUUGCCUUUAAAGCCUGUGAUGGGAUUGACUCAGUAGGUUGGAGCACAGUACUAUUUUUCGUAUCGUCUGAGAUCCCAAAAGAUUGGAAAGCUGCCGAUGGUCAUCCCCCUCUUCAAAGGGGGUGACACUCUAGAUCCAAACUGUUACAGACUUAUCUCCAUCCUGCCCUGCCUUUCGAAAGUAUUUGAAAGCCAAGUUAACAAACAGAUCACCGACCAUUUCGAAUCCCACUGUACCUUCUCCGCUAUGCAAUCUGGUUUCCGAGCUGGUCAUGGGUGUACCUCAGCCACGCUCAAGGUCCUAAACGAUAUAAUAACCGCAAUCGAUAAUAGACAGUACUGUGCAGCCGUCUUCAUUGACCUGGCCAAGGCUUUUGACUCUGUCAAUCACCACAUUCUUAUUGGCAGACUAAAUAGCCUUGGUUUCUCAAAUGACUGCCUCGCCUGGUUCACCAACUACUUCUCAGAUAGAGUUCAAUGUGUCAAAUCGGAGGGCCUGUUGUCUGGACCUCUGGCAGUCUCUAUGGGGAUGCCACAGGGUUCAAUUCUCGGGCCGACUCUAUUCUCUGUGUAUAUCAAUGAUGUUGCUCUUGCUGCUGGUGGCUCUCAGAUCCACCUCUACGCAGACAACACCAUUUUGUAUACAUCUGGCCCUUCAUUGGACACUGUGUUAACAAACCACCAAACAAGCUUCAAUGCCAUACAACACUCCUUCCGUGGCCUCCAACUGCUCUUAAACGCUAGUAAAACUAAAUGCAUGCCUGCCUGCCUGACUAAAAUCACUACUCUCGGCGGGUCUGACUUAGAAUAUGUGGACAACUACAAAUACCUAGGUGUCUGGUUAGACCGUAAACUCUCCUUCUAGACUCACAUUAAGCAUCUCCAAUCAAAAGUUAAAUCUAGAAUCGGCUUCCUAUUUCGCAACAAAGCCUCCUUCACUCAUGCUGCUAAACAUGCCCUCGUAAAACUGACUAUCAUACCGAUCCUUGACUUCGGCGAUGUCAUUUACAAAAUAGCUUCCAACACUCUACUCAGCAAAUUGGAUGUAGUCUAUCACAGUGCCAUCCGUUUUGUCACCAAAGCCCCAUAUACUACCCACCAUUGUGACCUGUACGCUCUCGUUGGCUGGCCCUCACUACAUAUUCGUCGCCAAACCCACUGGCUCCAGGUCAUCUAUAAAUCACUUCUAGGCAAAUAUCUUAGCUCAUUGGUCACCAUAGCAACACUCACCCGUAGUAUGCGUUCCAGCAGGUAUAUCUCUCUGGUCAUCCCCAAAGCCAACACCUCCUUUGGUCGCCAUUCCUUCCAGUUCUCUGCUGCAAAUGACUGGAAUGAACUGCAAAAAUCUCUGAAGCUGGAGACACUUAUCUCCCUCACUAUCUUUAAGCAUCAGUUGUCAGAGCAGCUUACCGAUCACUGCACCUGUACACAGCCCAGCUGUAAUUAGCCCACCCAACUACCUCAUCCCCAUAUUGUUAUUUACAUUGUUAUUUAUUUUGCUAAUUUGCACCCCAGUAUCUCUAUUUGCACAUCAUCUUCUGCACAUAUAUCACUCCAGUGUUAAUACUAAAUUAUAAUUGUAAUUAUUUUGCACUAUGGCCUAUUUAUUGCCUUACCUCCAUAACUUACUACAUUUGCACACACUGUAUAUAGAUUUUCUAUUGUGUUAUUGACUGUACGUUUUGUUUAUUCCAUAUGUAACUCUGUGUUGUUGUUGUUUUUACCGCACUGCUUUGCUUUAUCUUGGCCAGGUCGCAGUUGUAAAUGAGAACUUGUUCUCAACUGGCUUACCUGGUUAAAUAAAGGUGAAAUAAAUAAAAAAUAAAUAAAAUAUUUUGGGGUGUGAUUCCUGCUUGGGCCACAUACAGUAUAUACUGUACUUUAUACUAAAUGUUUGUUAACAGUUAGUUACCUUGAUAGAACUGUUUACUUUAUAAUGUUAGGAUUAUGUUUCAAGUGUUCUCACAGUUUAGAGCUGUUCAGAAAAAUGUUGAUCUUUACCAAUAAAUAUAGUUGUUAUGUUUUACUUCCUUUACACACAAAAGUUCAUCCUGUUCAAUAAAGGUUAUAUUUACAAGUACAAAAUGACAGUAUAAAACGAUACACGUCAAACAAUGUCCUUAUUACAUUUAUAUUAAAAAUAGUACAAAAAUAUAUUUGAGAGUAUUGAUGGUUGGUUAUUCAGUGCAGGUGCUCCUGAGGAAAAACCUGAAGAAGAACAACAGGAAGUAGGCAACAGGAAGUGGGUUGAAAGACAUGGUUGGAGGGGGAUGGGUGGAUGGGGUAGUAGCAUAGAGAAUGAUAGAGGCCUCAAGUGGCCAAAAGGCCGUAUUAGCA